AUGUCCCAUGGCCGGUCCCUUCGACUGACCCAGAACACCUGGGUUGAUCCGCCCACAGUCUCCCAGACACAAGGCGAGCUCUCUCCCACACGCGUCACUCGCCGCUCAACCAAUCUCUACGAUGUGGUAGCUGGCCGAUUCGACAAUCGCGGACGGCACGCAGCGACCAAUGCUGCCUCCCACCACGCGCCCAAGAAGCGCCGAGCUCUCCGGCCCGAAGAGGUGCUGCUCCGCAGAGAGCACGCCGUGGAUUUCGAAGCGAAGGAUGCUACUUAUUUUGCAAACGAGUCUCUCCCCACCAACCGCCCGCUUCCUAGCUCCGAUCUCCUAGAAGCGAUCCACGCCUAUGCCGCUGACCACUACGAGUUCACAACCGAGGACCAGGGACAGAGUGACCACAAGAGUAUGGAUGAGACGGCUUUGAUUGCGAUGGGGGUUUUGGUCGAGGAACUUGCGAAAGAAGCUCUGGGUGAAACGGGGGACUUGGUUCUUGUGGAAGGGCAGGAGGCGUCCGACGAUGAAGAUUCACAUCUGGGUAGUGAGAGUGACUCUGUACCUCGUCCCGUCGCGAAAUCUUUACGGAGGAAGAGAUCGAAUACCACGGUAUACCCACCCACGGCGGGUUCUCAGCACACAACGACGGGCGUGCGCAAGAAGCACAAACGGCGCAGGCUGAGUCGUGCGCCCUCGACUACUGAUUUUGAAACGGAAUGA